AUGAAGGCAGUCGUGUCCCAGAACAAAGAAGCCGUCCUCGUCGGCGAUCGACCCGUGCCCAAAUUACGGGAUGACUAUCUCCUAGUCAAGACCGUCGCGGUGGCCCUCAACCCGACGGACUGGAAACAUGCGUUCUAUGGCUUGGCCGCCGAGGGAGGUCUUCUGGGGUGUGACUUUGCCGGCGUGGUCGAAGAGGUCGGCCCGGCCGUGACCAAACCGUGGGCCAAGGGCGAUCGGAUCUGCGGCGUGGCCCAUGGCGGCAACGUCCUCCAGCCCGAAGACGGCGCAUUCGCCGAAUACAUCGUGGCCAAGGGCGACGUGCAGGUCAAGAUUCCCGACCACCUGUCGUUCGAGAAGGCCGCGACCGUCAGUCUGGGAGCCACGACCGUUGGCCAGGGCCUAUAUCAACAGGGGCUGAAACUCAACCUACCCACAGACCCGGUGACGAGCAAGACAUUUGUUCUGAUCUACGGUGGGAGCUCGGCUACAGGAGCUCUGGGGAUCCAGUAUGCGAAAUUAUCCGGCUACACCGUCCUGACGACCUGUUCGCCGCGGAACUUCUCGUACGUGAAGUCGCUCGGCGCGUCCGAAGCGUUCGACUACAACGAGCCCGGCGCGGCGGCGGCGAUCCGCAAAUCCACCAACAACGCGCUCACGCUGGCUUGGGACACGAUCAGCACGGAAGCCAGCGCCCGCUUCUGCGCCGACGCCCUCUCCAGCGACUCUGUGGGAGUCGCCGGCGAGUUGCGCUACGCCGCCAUCCUGCCGGUCAAGGCGCCGCGCGACGACGUCCAGACCGUCAACACGCUCAUGUACUCUGUCUUUGGCGAGGCGUACGAGUUCGGCCCAAAGAAGAUCCCCGCGCUGCCGGAGGAUUUCGAGUUUGCAAAGUCCUUCAUGGCCCUGACGGAGAAAUUGCUGGCCGAGAAGAAGUUGGUCCCGCACAAGGAGCUGGUGGGCAAGAAUGGGCUGCAGGGCGUCGUCCAGGGCCUACAAGAUAUGAAGGACGACAAGGUCAGCGCUAGCAAGCUGGUCUAUCUGGUGGAGGAGACGCCUUGA